AUGCUUACUCUGGCCUACCGACAGCCUCUUCUGCAGGCACUUAGCCGGCUGCAGAUAAUCGGCAGCGGGGCGUUAUUCAGAAAAGCAGACGCCGAACUGGAUCGAAUCGACAAACAAAUCAAUGAAAGGAAAGAAAUCGCUCGUCGGCUUGUUGGGACGCAAGAUGACGCCAUCUGUCAAAUAUGCCAAAAGACAAAAUUUGCGGACGGUAUAGGUCACAAAUGUUUCUACUGCCAGCUUCGAAGCUGUGCUCGUUGCGGGGGUCGGUCUCAAAGUAAGAAUAAGGCCAUAUGGGCAUGUUCGCUGUGUCAAAAAAGGCAGCAAAUUCUCGCUAAAACAGGAAAGUGGUUCCAACCCGACGAGGUCCAGCACAAAUUGAGCAACGCUGGUCACGACAGCCCGUGCCAGAGCAUGAGCCCAAUUCCAUUUCCACCUCAGCCACAACAACCGCAAGAUGUGUUCGGAGUACUACAAUCUCUGCACCCUGAUAAAGUGGACAAAAGUAGUGAAGGCAGCAAGAGUACAUUGCCUCCACAACAGUUGCCUACACUGAAACAAAGCAUCAUGGAUUCUGCAGCUUGUACUUCAAAACAAGCACAGAAACCCUCUGCAAAUGGGCCUUCUUUGAUGAAAACAGAAGACCCGCACGAUAAAGUUCGUCGGCAGAAUACAUUGCAGAGACAACCAAGCCUUGCCGAGCAGGAGCAAUCUCGUCAACAUGGAAAUGGCGCUCUUUCACAGCAACAGUUCACGACUACUCUGCGUGAUGUAAAUCGGGUCGAAACAUUAACGCAGCAAAGGCCAAGUGUGCUGAAGAAGCAGGAUGAAUGUGGAAACGUGGAACAAGGUUAUGACAAGAACAUGUCUCCAAGCUGUCGCGCAAGUGAAGAGAAGCGAGGAAACCGUCCUCUUUUCUACACGGAAUCAGAUGGCCGGUUCGACGAAGCAGCUAGAAACGAUCUCCAAGAUGAUUCGGAGCUACAAAACAGCACUGCAAAAGACCAACGCAGAUGUGAAGUCGAUCCUUACAGUGUUGCUUUGUAUUAA